CUGAUUAACUGUUUAAACUGUUGAAAUUAUAACUUUUCAUUGUUCCAGCUUCUCAGAUAUGAGGAUUUACUGAUUUUGUUUAUCUUAAUUACAGUAAACUGAAUCAUUUUGGGCUCUGGGUAAUUGUAAUGGACAUUUCUCAAAGUUUCUGACAUUUUACAAACCAAAAGAUUGAUAGACUGAUGAAAGAAACAAUCAGCAGAUUCAUCCAUAAUAAAGUCAUUGGGAAAAGUUGCCUAUAUAAAAUAAUUAUAAAUGAGGUCAACCACCUACAGCAGUAAAAUGCUGCUUAAACAUUUAUUCAUCAGUAUUGAUGAUGUAUAACUGUAUAAUGGGGCCAUUUUUCCACAUUAAGUACUUUAAGUACAUUUCCCAAUAAUACACACUUACUUACAUUAAGUAAUAUUUUAUGUCAAGUACUUUUAUUUUGUUUAUUUCCCUGACCUUUGUUCUUUGCACUGUCCAUGCUGCUGUAACAAAACGAAUUUCCCCGCUGUGGGAUAAUAAAGGAUUAUCUUAUCUUAUUUUCAAUGCAGGAAUUUUACCUGUAAUGUAGUAUUUUUACAGCAAGGUAUUAGUACUUUUACUCAAGUCAAGAAUCUGACCUUCUCCACCACUGAUAUGAGAGUACAUUCCUCAGGUCAACUGAGUUCAGUUCUGAGACCUGCAGCCUACAUUCAUAGCAGUUAUAUUUGGCACAAAUUGCAGUAGACAAACCUCUAGGUCAAAAAUCUGAAAAUAACUGCAUGUCGUGCUUAAAGCAUGAUAGCUUAUACAUGUACUAUAUCUGGGAAACCCUUUCAUAAUUUUUGCAGAUAUUUAUUUACACUUUCACCAUUAUAUGCGUGAAACUCAUGUGGGUUAACAUUACGCAACCCAGUCUAAUGAUCUUAUGAAAGAGGUCAGAGGUUCUUCUGAUGUAAGCAUUGUUCUUGCGUGACAGGGAGAAACACAUUCACAAAACUACGCUGCACAGAAAUUUUAAAACAUUAACUAAAUGAAUACAACGAUGAUGACAUGACGAAGAAGAAAGCAUCACUUUGUUUAUUAUCUGCAGAACGUUCAUGGCAGCACCAUAGCUUUGUGUGACACGUGUCACAUGUAACUCAUUUACCUGUUAAAGGACCGGUCAUCUCUGUGACUGGAGUUUGAACUCAAAUAUGUAAGGAAUCUUUUAGAUGGACUGUCAGUCUGCGAGCACAUAGGGUUACUGCUGCCACUCCUGAGCACAGGAACCAUGCCAUUGCAAAGUGUGUGUGGAAUAUUUUUAUUCCUCAGCGUAUGUCUGAUUUCCUUCACACCACCUUGUGAUGGAGGAAACAUUCUGGUGUUCCCAGUAGACGGCAGCCACUGGAUCAAUAUGAAGAUCCUGCUGGAAGAACUUCAUGCCAGGGGACACAGCAUGACUGUGAUAAGGGCCUCCACCAGCUGGUACAUCCCAGAAAAGUCUCCUCUCUACAAAUCCAUUACCCUCGAAAUGGAUGAAGGUUUAGAGAACUUUUUUGAUAUUUACCUGCAGGAACACAUGAGGGCGCAGAGAGAGGGGGCUUCAGCACUUACUUUCUUCAAACUCACCAAGGAUUUCCUUUCUAUGAUUUCUGAGGCCCAUUUAUUGUGGUCUGAGGCCCUUGUUCAAAUCUUUGAUGAUGAAAGAAUGAUCCAAAGCUUAAAGGAUUCCCAGUAUGAUCUUGUUCUCACUGACCCAGCCAUAGCACCAGGGGUUUUACUAGCCAAGUAUCUCAAACUGCCCAUGGUGCUCAAUGUUCGCUGGAUCACCAGCGGAGAAGGUCACUUUGCGAUAGCCCCCUCACCACUCUCUUACAUCCCAGUGCCAGGAUCGGGCUUAACAGAUAAAAUGAAUUUCAUCCAGAGGGUCAAGAACCUGCUUUUCUACAGCAUUAUACUGUUCCAGCAGAAAUUCAUGGUGGGACCAUGCUAUGAUACUAUCUGUAAUAAAUAUAUAGAGGGUGGAUGUGACAUCAUCUCGCUUCUUCAGGAAGCAGACAUUUGGCUGUUCAGGUCAGAUUUUGUAUUUGAAUUCCCUCGGCCCACAAUGCCAAAUGUCAUCUACAUAGGAGGGUUCCAGUGCAAACCAGCCCAACCCCUGCCAGCGGACCUGGAAGAGUUUGUUCAGAGUGCUGGGGAGCACGGAGUGAUCAUAAUGACUCUGGGAACAUUGGUUAACGCUUUGCCCAAAGAGGUUGCAGAUGAAAUCGCCAGCGUCUUUGCCAAGAUGCCUCAGAAGGUGAUAUGGAGGCACAAAGGGGAACGUCCCUCUACUUUGGGCAACAACACCCUGAUAGUGGACUGGAUGCCACAGAAGGACCUUCUGGGCCACCCACAGACCAAAGUCUUUGUAGCUCAUGGAGGAACCAACGGAGUCCAGGAGGCGAUCUACCAUGGGAUUCCUGUGCUUGGCAUUCCCUUGUUCUUUGACCAGUAUGACAACCUUCUCCGUCUGCAGGAGAGAGGAGCUGGGAAGAUCAUUCAGCUAGGUGACGUUAGCGGUCGCAGUUUCGAGCAAGGACUCAGCGAAGUGCUCCAUCAAGACAGCUACACACAGAACAUGCAAAGACUGUCACGUUUACACAGAGAUCAGCCAAUGACACCCAUGGAUCAGGCCGUUUUCUGGGUGGAAUAUGUGAUGCGCCAUAAAGGGGCUCCUCAUCUGCGCACAGAGGCUUAUAAGAUGCCCUGGUACUCAUACUACUGUUUAGAUGUCUUACUGCUAUUGCUGACUGCAACGACUGUACUACUUCUCUCUACUUUGGCCAUUUUCAGGUUCCUAUGCUGCAGAAGUAGAAGAAAGAUCAAAACCAAACAACACUGAUUAAAGUCAACUUUGUUUAGAAAUAUGCUUCAAUUAGUUCUUUAAAGCAUUGAAUUUAGACAAAAAUGUAAAGUAUCUUAUCAUCUCUUUAUAAUUAAUGAAGUAAAAUGACAAUUAGUCAGUUGAAAUAGCCAUAUGAAAUAUAAAUAUAGUGAAAUAAUGCAGCCCUUUUUCUGUUUUAAAAUUAAUGUUUCUAUAUGAUUCUGUAAUUUCACAUCCACUGUUUUAAUAGAGCCACUGACUCACUGCCCAGACACUGAUCAAUUUCCAGUGUAACAAAACCCUGAACACUUUUUAUCUUGAAGAUUUAUACACGAAAACAAAUUCAUAUGUGACUAGAAAGUCCAGAAAAUCAACAUACUGUAUGUCCCCCCCUUCAUUUAAUUAUUGAUUAAAGCAAAGAUCAAUAUAUAAGGAAUUGCUUUUGUUUAUUAUUACUCCUGCAAUAGUGGAUAUUCUGCAUUGAAAACUACAAUAACUCACUCUAAGAACACAAUACUGUAAUUUUGGUCUUGCAGACUGUAACUUUAUCUUCAUUUCACAGAUGUCUUGGCCUCACAUGACAUGCCCACAUUCCAGCCGAAGCCCUAAAUCCUAAAACACAUGCCCCACACUAUAUGCCAGACAUCACAGCUGGCAUGUUUUGGGAAGGCUAUGAGGCCACAUUUCCACUGGGCCAGAAAUACAACAAUUCUGUAGCUCAUUAUUUAGUCAGGAAGAUUUGAUUAUGAUAAGAAACUAGAAAGAAACCUUCUGUUACUGUACAUGUAAUAAAAGACAACACAGUGUUUUCUUUGAGAUGCCUGUGGUAUAUGACUGUGUGAGAAACAGCAAAGAUAAUCUCAAAAUCAAGAACACAUGUAUCGCUACCAGCACGCCACAGGCAAUCCAGUUUUAUGGAAAACCUGGAGAUCGAUUAUGUCCUCCUUAUUAUUCUUUAUAUUUAUAUCAAUCCAUAUAAAUUACAUCAUCUUCUAAACUAAAAUUAAUGCCAGCAAGAAGACAAACCUAAAAAAUGACUAUGGAAAAUGCUAUAAUUUCAGAAUAUAGACCGUAUUAAAACCAUUUCCCUUUCCCAAACAGUCCAAAAACAGAUGCUUUGAAACAAUCAGUGGCUGGAAAGGAAAACUCUCUUUGAUAAAGCAUAAGCUCAUAUGGUUUUGAGUUGUAAGAUGAGUGAGGUUGUCUUGGUAAAUCCUACUACAAGCUAAAUUACAUUUCACUAAUCAUUCUGCAAUGCACUGCUUGAAACUCCUCCGUUUGCUGAUGAGGAAAGCAAAUCUGUGAAAAUAUUCGAAGGUACGAAGGCAGUGAGGUGAUUUAUAAGGCUUGGAACCACAUUAAGUAUAACUUUCAAAAGAAACACACAUGAUGAAAUAGAGAAGAAUUGUGUGUGUGUAUGGGUGUGUGUGUAGGUGUAGUGGCAUGUGUUGAUUUUAAUGUCUUGUAAUCCGGAAAAGUUUGUUGUGAAUCAAAUAAAUGUGGGAAAGUCAAAUUUUAAAGUUAUGUUUACAGUAGUAAAUAAAGAAAUACAAUACAUCACGAUCAUA